AACAACCAACUCACGGAUUUUUAAUAAAGAAAAAUGAUACCUGUUAAAAUUAUAAACUCUUUUAAAAAAAGUACUGUGCAAAGUCCACUGUUCUUCAAAAGAUACUGCGUUUUUAUCGACUGGUUUCAAAUGCAAAUAUAGUACUUGAUAAAAUGAUUGCAUUCAAUCAGGCAGAUUGAUGAAUUUUUUAUUUUCACGCACAAGGAACGCGAUCUUUAAGACCUAAAACUUCAACGCAAACAUGUAUAACAAGAAACGUUUUUGCGCAUAACCGCUCGUGUAAUCUAAUUCACAUUGAUAAGAAUAGCAAAAUAUUUUAGUAACGAUGUACAUAAUAAUUACCGUAUAUAUCCUUGGUUCGAGCAUGGUUGUCGUCCACGUGCGUGCUUACUGAUCUAUAAUCACAAAGGAUCACCUUUCUUCAAGAAGAAAAGCACAAACAAAACACUGUCACUGUUUACAACUCAAUAAAUUUACUGACGCGAGGCUACUUUGCGCGGGUUAUGUGUAACAUGUAAUUACGAUGUCCAUCAAGUUUCUAUAGUCACUAUAUCUUGUAUAAUUCUAAAACUUCACGUUAGAUGGAAUCUGACUUCACUUCGUCACGGUUGUCUUCGCGGGGUGAAAACUGCCUUAAUUGGUGAAAGAACUCUACGAGGUGCAAGCGACCGCUCUCAGUAACUAAUUUUUAAUGGGGGUUUUGCAGUCUGACAGAAGCCCGCGAUCUGUGAAGAUCGAUCCUUCACCAUGGCGCGCCAUAAAGCUAGGAAAAAUCAUUGGAAAAUUUGAAAAUUACAAAAUUAAAAAUUUAGGAAAUGAGAAGUUCUGAAUUUGCACCGAUUUUUUUUAAAAACCAAGACCAAUCGAAUACCAUAGUUUUACGUCAUUAAAAAAUUGUGUAAUAAUCUAUACAUUCAAAAUAUGUAUUUUUUAAUGAGGAUAAUUUUCCACGACUGACGGAAAGAAGUGAAUCAACCAAGAAUUAAAAUGAAAUUAUUUCCUGGAUACCAUAUUAUGCAAACAUAAUGAGAUGACAUAAUAAAAAAAUAUGUCGUGUUGAUUUUGCAGAUCAAAUGACGAUUUGCAUAAGUCACAUUAUCAUACACACAGUUUACAAUAAAAAAUAUAACAACAUCUCAUUAAUACGAGUAUUCUCAUUGAAUUAGAUUCGUGAUUAAUUCUUAUCUAAUAAAUUAUCCCUUAUUACCGCUGUUUUACGUAACAUUAGACACUGAGUAUUUACGCAACUGAGUCGGGCUCUGUCAUUAAAACGACAGAAGAUAAAGAAAAAAACUUGGAAAUUGUUCGAUCGGUUCGAGAAUUCGCAUUGAAAAUAUCGGAAUUUCUGGUUUCUUGAUUUGCAUCACGAAUAAUCGAAGAUUCACCCAUAGGUGUGUUAGUUCAAGGUUACCUUGUCUGUAGAAGAGGACCGGUUCGUGGAUUUGAACGAUGGCUGAAAUUCUACUAAUCAUAGGACUAGUAUUAUUCCGCUUAUGUGACUUGCUUAUUUAUCCUUUCUACGCAAUUGCCCGCUGUAGGAAACGGCGAAGUAUACCUCCAAUUAAGAAUCCUUUGAUAAAAAUGAGCUCGACCACGGUAGCCAGGAAGAUUAGAAACGGGCAGCUUUCUAGCCAGAGAGUAGUGGAGGCAUUUAUCGAGCGUACUAAGGAAGUGAAUCCUUUCUUGAACGCAGUGAUAGAGGACCGAUUCGAAGAAGCUUUAAAAGACGCGAGAACAUGCGACGAAAUGUUGAGAAGCGGAAAAGUGAUCGCCUCGAAUCUGGAAAACGAGAAACCGUUGUAUGGCGUUCCAAUUACGAUUAAGGAGAGCUGUCGUGUUGAAGGAAUGAGUAUUACUGGAGGCAGCAUAGUGAGGAAGGACUUUAAAUCCGAGGAGGAUGGAGAUGCAGUCAGAUUGUUGAGAAAUGCUGGAGCUAUUAUACUGCUGGUCAGCAAUACGCCAGAAUUAUGCUCAGCAACCAACAGCUUCAACUUUCUUUUCGGGCAAACUUAUAAUCCUUAUGAUUUAAGGAGAAGCUCAGGAGGAUCAUCAGGCGGUGAGGGCGCCCUCGUCGCUGCAGGAGCAUCCAUGUUUGGUCUCGGUUCAGACUUCGUUGGUUCCAUAAGAAUACCUGCCCUCUACAAUGGUAUUUUCGGCCAUAAACCUAGUCCAGGUUUAGUUCCCAACAAGGGACACUAUCCCUCAGUGGACAAUCAGCUUUUUGAUGAAUAUCUAGUGCUUGGACCAUUAACCAAGUACGCGGAAGAUCUUCAAUUGACAAUGAAGAUUCUGUCAGCCGAAUGCAAGAGACCUUUGAAUUGGAACCGAACAAUCGACCUGAAAGAUCUUCGAGUCUUUUAUAUGGAUAAUAUUGAUUAUACGUUCGGUUUGAUGUCGACUUCAUCAGACAUCAGACAGAGCGUCCACAAGGUUGUAGAGUUCCUUGCCAGUAAUGGAGCUCAAGUACAAAAGAUAUCGCAAGAUUGGGUAAAGCACGUGAGCGAGAUGGAACUAUCCUCAUUCGCUGAUCUGGACGUAUCUGAACUGGUUAAAGAUCCUAAACAUCCAGACAGGACAACGAAUCCAUACAUAGAAUUCAUAAAAUCCAUAUUUGGUCUGGCACGGAACACCAGGUCGGUAAAUUUUGUACGAAUAAUUACUACAAGACAUGGAUUCCUUUCAAGGUCUAAGUUAUCAGCUUACAAACAAAUGAAGGUGGACAUCCGACAGGAAAUUAAAAAUGUACUCAGUGACAAUGGUGUGUUCAUCUACCCCACCUUACCACAACCAGCGCUUUUUCCGGAAUCUGUGUUAUCCAGGUUCGACCACAGCGCUUACACCGCGAUUGCAAAUAUGUUUCUCCUACCAUCAACACAUGUACCAAUGGGUCUUAAUAGAAACGGAUUACCAAUUGGACUUCAAGUGUCAGCUGGACCAUAUCAAGAUCCUCUCUGUAUUGCAGUUGCUAAAAUAUUAGAGAAGGAAUUUGGUGGCUGGGUGCCUCCCAGCUAAAACAUUGUUUCAUAGAUAUUGAUGUAUAUUUACAGAUAUUCCUUUUGACAAGGAAAACUGAUCACACUUUGUUAUAUCAUGAAUAUUUAAUUACAGAAAUAUUUGUUUUGUAAAAAUUUUGAGACUUACUCUUAAGUGGUUUGAAUGUUAUUUAUACAUAAACAUGUAAAUAAUACAUGGUAUUUAUUCAUUAAGAUUUUUUUUGUAUUCACAUUAAGCAUACCUAUGAUUUGUGAUAAAUGUGCAAUAAUACGACUUAUAAAUAGUAAAAAUUACCUUUACUGUAUACAACAGAAGACAACAUUUUUAUAUCAAUUAAAAGGAACCAUGAUGCUUUUUUCCAUUAUGAGAUAUAAAGGUUUAUAUACUAAGAAUUUAUAAUUCUGUUCUAUCAACUUUAAUGUUAUGAAUUAAUUACAAUGGUGAAUUAACAACAAGGAAAUAAAAUACAGUAAAGAUUCGAUAUAAACGACUCGGGUUUGAACUUUCGCUUAUAUCAAUCCUACAUUGAUUGAUGUUUUGCCGAACGGUAGAAAAGGACAGCAAGCAAAACAACACAUUCAGUGCUCCCUUAUACAAAAAUGUUACUAAUUUGACGGAAAAAGUUAUAUAAAAAAUAGCAACAGGCUUUUGACCUUUUGAUUUUUAAUUACUGCAUCUAUUUCUUUUGCACUCGCUAUUCACUUGGUGAUAACAAAAAAA